AAUCAAGAAGGUACGCCAUCUUGGUUUGUAUCGCAGACUUUGAGAAUAUUUUUUGUAUUCAGUUACUUUUGGGCUCCAAGUGGUUUAGCUGUUUUUCUCGUGAGCCAAUUGUAAAAAUGUCCGUCGUAGAUAAACUAGAUGCCGCCAGGCAUUCUAUCACGGGGUCUAAUUUGGCUAAAAUAGCUUGUAAAGCCACGAGUCGUGAAGUGAUGGGGCCGAAGAGGAAACACAUCGAUUACCUGAUUCAAUGUACUAAUACAGACAACGUGUCAAUCCCGAACCUGGCGGAUAUUUUGUUCGAAAGAUGUACAAACUCGAGCUGGGUUGUGGUGUUUAAAUCACUCUGUACAUUCCAUCAUUUAAUGAGUUAUGGCAAUGGGAGGUUUAUUCAGUACAUGGCCUCAAGCACCACUUGCUUUAGUCUACAGAAUUUCUUGGACAAAAGUGGAGUUCAAGGAUAUGACAUGUCAACUUUUGUACGACGAUACUCCAACUACUUGAAUGAAAAAGCUUCUUCCUACAGAGAAAUGGGUUAUGAUUUCUGUCGAGUUAAAAGAGGGAAACAAGAUGGAGUGCUAAGAACAUUUGAUUCUACAAAGCUUCUCCAAGCAUUGCCAGUCUUACAGAAGCAAAUUGAUGCUAUAUUGGAAGUUGAUGUAAAGUCAACAGAACUGUCUAAUGGAGUGAUAAACUGUGCCUUUGUCCUUCUGUUCAAGGCCAAGAAGAAUAUCUCAUCUGGUGUUACACUUCCAAGUGCUACUUUUGCUGCUCCUGUUGCUGCAGCUGCGGCACCUCCCAAAGCAACAACACCCAGUGAUGACCUACUACAGUUAGAUGCAUCCUUUGCUUCAUCCAUACCUCAGCAGCCUACCAAUAAAGCAUUCUCUCCGUCAACUCAUUUCCCUCCCAGCCAACCCUUCCCUGGUAUGCAGCCUGGAGGAAUGGCUGAUUUUGGACCUUCACCAUGGGGUAAUGCACCUGUUAGCGCCCCUUCAACUGCUUUUCAAACAUCCACAGCCCCCAAUUUCUUUGAUAGUCCAGCACAAGGCAGUGAUGCUGACUUCGACAAGGUGUUUGGUGGUAGUGCACCGGUCAGCUCAUUAGGCACAGCAUCAAAUACUGGUGUACUCAAGCCUGUAGCAGCAGAUAAUGCUGCACCUAACCUGGUUACUAAGCAACAAACACAAGAUGAUAGUGCAAAAGGAACUGGUGAUCUGAUGUCUAGUUUGGAGAGAGUAACCAAGUCUUUAGAUAACCUGAUGGUAAUCAAUGGAGGAACAAGCCCUGCAUCUAAAAAAGGACAACAUCAAUGGACACCAGCACAACCACAGCAAAAAACUGGUGGACCAAACUGGCAGAAGCAGAACCUACAACCGGCAAGAUCUACUGUCCCCCCUGCACAGGUAGGAUGGGGAGCAGGUCCUCAGCAGGGAAUGUACAGACCACCAUUUGGACAGCCAGCAAUGCCUACAGGCAUGCCACAGCGAAUGGGGGGGAAUCCAGCAAUGUUCCCUUCAGCUUUUGGAAGUCAACCAUCAAACCUUGGUCAACCACAGCAACCAAGUGAUCCUUUUGGACCAAUACCUGGUUCCCAGGCACGAUUUUAACAAGAUGAUCCAGUUAUGGUUCUACUACGAUACUGUUUGUCACUGCUGUGAAUCGAUAAGUGCAUGUGUAGUAAUAUGAACAUAAGAACGGGUGGGAGGAUUAAAUAAAGAUAUAAAGAAAUUCCCUUUAUUCAAUUUAAAAAAAGCAGAAAAAAUACUCUAUAACAAUGCAAGAUUACACCUGUCAGACUCAUUGCUCUUACUGGCUGCCUGUCUGUCUGUCUUGACCCCUACCAACUAUGAGAUCUUAGUAAGUCUGAGCGGAGGCAUUCAAGUGCUUGAACUACUUUAAAUAGACAAUAAAACAAUGAGUCUUCUUCCUUCCCUGGUCAACAAUACUCUCUCUCUUGUUAGGAAAUGAGGGCCAGAAUGGUUACUACAUAUCUUGCUUUGUGUAUAAUCCAGUCAAUACUCUAUGAUCAUAAUCCAUAACCAUUCACUUUUGUAAUCUUUUUUCAUAAUAGACUGUACCAUAGGGGUUUGUAUCAAAACCAUUCAUGGUCUAUAGCAAUAGAGGAGGGUAGUAUAAACUAGUAGUAUAACAGGAUUCUGUGUAUCAAACUACAGGACUCAAAAUAACGGCUGCUCAGUGAAUCUGGUCAUACAGGCCAAUCCUCUUGACUGGUCACAUGGACUGGUCAAAUUAACUGGUCUCAUGUUGAUCAUUCAUAGGGCCUUUAUUGAUAACAGGUUUUUACAGUUUCGUAAAUACCGAGAGAAAUACCCUGUUUAAAUAAAGGAAUCUAUCUAUCUAUCCUAAUGGUAUUACAUCAUGUUUGGCUAUGAAGCAGCCUUUAUUUUCAACCCUGAUUUUAUUGGAUUUUCUUUCUUUCUUCAUGUCAGUAUCCUACCUGAUAAGAAUAUUUUUCUACUGUUAGUGUUUUUUUAGAGUGGUUGUGGGUUGGAGUAUGUUAGAUCAGUUAAUAUAACAGAUACAAUAUACCCAUAGCUACUAUGAGUGAUAUUCAUUGUCAGUAUAACCUGUAGUAAAUCAGUCUAGAUGUAUACACUCAAUUGAAGAAUCAUUGUUGGGUUCAGAAACAUAGAACGUAGAAGCUGAGACCAAAAUGGCACAUGAAGUAUGUUUAUUAGAUGCAUGCUGUGACCGGCAACCCGUGGCAUCAUCCACUAUUUUUAAUUGCCCGUUUUGCAUUCUAAACCGACUGCAUGGAUGGCACAAAUGAAUAAGUUAUAAUAUAAUUAUGUCAUUUCCCAUGUGCCGUUUCAGUCUCUGCUUUUAUGUUCUAUGUUUCUGAACCCGACAACGAUUCUUCAAUUCAGUAUAACUGGUACUUUAUUUGUAGGAAUUAAGUAAUAACAAGCAUGCAUUCUAUCAAAUAACUUUGCCACAUAUUUCUUUAGACAUUUGAAUGCAGUGCAUUACAAGUUGAACUUUAAAAAAUGUCUUGAAGAAAGAAAAAGAUUUUUCUGUCUCUAAGAUACAAAUUCUUUUUCAAUAUAAGUUUUUCUAUUUUGUUGCUUAUGAUUUUAAUGUUGUAUUCAUUAACUCAUUGUAUUACUGAUGUUUAACAGAGUAUUUGUCAUUAAUAGACGAGAGUUGUUUGUCAUGUCUUAUCAUGAACAGAUCAAGGUAUUGUCACCCAACACCUCCACCCUCCCCUCCCCAUAGACUGGUUUGUUGUCAAUAUGCAUUCAGUCUUUUGGAGCUGGAUUCCACAAGACUGUUGAUAGCACUUCAAUAGAGUGUGUCUGCGAUGCCUUGUACUGUUCCUGAUGUGACUUAUUACAGAUAGUUACAAUAGGGUACUUAUAAUGCAAUAAGGUUAUUAUUGAUCUAUAUACACCAUAGUCAGGCAUGCUUAAGUCUUUACAAUGACUGUUUCACAUUUCUUUUUUGGUUAAAAUGGCAUGAAAUAAUCGUUUAUUCUGUUCAGUGAUGUUCAAACUACAGUCACAAGAAAAGAAAGAGAAGUUGUAGUUUGAAGCAUCAGUGAGUAGUGUUAGCCAUUCUGAGGUUGAGGGGGGAAAACUGGGUGGAGUUAGUAUUGCAUUGCAUUGUGUGCUGUUUAAGGGGACAAAAUAGAGUUAUCUCGGAAAUAUGUCCCCUAAAGCAGCCCCAUGAUGCACUGUAAUGCCAACUCCACUCAUCUUUUUCCUCAACCUUGGUACGGUCAAUAGCCAUAGUUGUAUCAGUGAAGUUCACUAGAUAUCAUAUGAAUACAUGGUCUACUCUUUACGUUUGGGCAGUUCAUGGGAUGAACAAUAUAAUCAUGUGAUCAUCACUUGUGUGCCCAUUGGACAUGUGAUCAUCACGUGUUUGCCCAUUGGACAUGUGAUCAUCACGUGUUUGCCCAUUGGACAUGUGGUUCAACAGCUGAUAACUGGUCAAAGAUUGUUUGUUUUGUUGUCUGACCAUAGAUAAGUUAAUUAACGUGGCUGAACAGCAAUAAUGAAGUCAGUUUAGAUGUAUAUAAACACAAUCAAGCAGUGUAACAUAAUGAUUUUUUAAAUGGAGAAAGUUAAAUAAAUGCACCAGAUAGAAUACA